GCCACGUCGCUCGUUUCCCUCCUGGCUCCCUCUCCACGUAUUACCGCCUAUCUUCUCCGGCGAGGAAAGCUUCCUCUGCCCCCUCCGCCCGUCAUGGCUCUUGUCAAUUUCGAAGUCAAGCCUGACCCCGUUCAACCGCCCCCCGACGUCUGCAUCACCCCUUGCGAUCCAUGGCCAGCACCAUACUAUCUAGAAGGCGGACUUCGCCGCGUCAAGCCCUACCACUAUACCUACAACACCAAUUGCAAGGAGAGAUGGCGCGGUCGUACACUGGAGGAUAUCUUCACUUCGGAGUUCCGUGACCGGAGACCAGACUAUUAUCGAUGGGCACUCGACCAAGGUCUUGUCGCCGUGAAUGGCAAGCCCGCCGCCCGCAAUACCGUCAUUAAGAACGGCCAGGUCAUCUCGCACACCUGCCACCGCCACGAACCCCCCGUCUCGGCGCAACCAGUCGGCAUCAUCCACGAAAGCGACGACCUUAUCGUAAUCGACAAGCCUGCAGGAAUCCCUGUUCAUGCAGCCGGCCGAUACCACUUCAAUUCCGUCGUCGAGAUCCUCCGCGCAGAGCGCGGCCAAGGCUGGCUUCCACGGCCCUGCAACCGUCUCGACCGCCUCACAUCAGGCGUGAUGUUCAUCGGCAAGGACGCCAAGGGCGCAGAACGAAUGGCAACAAAGCUAAAGGAACGCUCCGUGCAAAAGGAAUACGUCGCUCGAGUCAAGGGCAAGUUCCCAGACGGCGUCAUAGUCUGCGACCAGCCCAUCAUGCAAGUUAGUCCUAAACUGGGACUGAACCGUGUGCGCGCUACAGGCAAAACAGCCACCACCAAGUUCCGCCGUCUGGCAUACUAUCCCCCCGCAUCGGAACUCCCCACUGCGCCGGAUUCCAACGGUGACGAGAUUCCCGCUCUGGCUAAUGAAUCAGAGGGAUACAGUAUCGUUCACUGCUUCCCGCUUACGGGCCGCACACACCAGAUCCGAGUCCACCUCCAGUUCUUGGGACAUCCUAUCUCCAACGAUCCCAUUUACUCCAACCGCCGCGUGUUCGGGCCCGAACUGGCUAAGAACGAGUCGCACGGUCAGCGUGAUGAUGAGAUUAUGGAACGGUUGAACCGAAUGGGCAAGACCGAGUUGCCUGAUACGGUUUCCUACCGCCACCACUUCAUGGCUUCGCCGGAUGUACCCCCGGAUACCGACCCGGCUAUUCUGGCGCAGCUCUUGGAGCGCGAGCAGAAGGCUGCUGCGGAAGAUUAUAGCGUUCGCAAGGGUGAGCGGUUGUCUGGUGCGCUUUGCGAGGUCUGUGAUACGGAGUUGUAUUCUGAUCCCGGUCCCCAUGAGCUUGGUAUUUUCUUGCAUGCCGUUGCAUAUGCGGAUCGCGAAGGUGACUGGUCGUAUCGGAGUGCGAUGCCUAGUUGGGGACUGCCGCCGUUUGGUCUGGGAGGUCCUCGUGAAGUUCCCGACUGGGUCCCUGCUGCUGAGGGCGAGGAGAUUAUCAUUGGGCAUGGAACUGUUCCGCCUGAGAUUGGUGUUGAUGAUGACGGAAAGGUUGCUGAGGGAACUGAAAUCCCCACCGGGCCUGUUCUGCUUGAGGGUGUUGGGGUUGUGAAUAUGUCGUCCCUGAAUCGGGCAGAUAAUGGGGCUCCUCCCACUGGGGCUGAGUUGGCUUCUCCUGCAGCGCUAUAG